AUCUCUCUUGCCUCUGGCUGUCCACCUGGCCAUUCUCUGCCCACACGAUAACUCCCUUUCUAACCCUUUUUUUUUCACUCUUCGAUGCUCGCUGCAGGGAUACUGGUGUGUCUGAUUACCACCCCUACGUCCGUCUGCCUCUCUUCGGAUAAUCUCAUAUACGUUGGUGCCGGACUGGCGAACAUCAACCAUUCCUGCUCAAUGAUACACUCUGCGAUUCAUACUUGAAGCUAUAGACACAAGUAGUAUAAUUUAUUAUUCUCCUCUAUCCACCAUCUAUAAUACUGUCCCGUUGAGCUCGAAAGGCUCGGAACCCGUCCUCCGCGGAGAGGACACCGCACACCAAGCAUGGAGACAUACAACGGUCAUGUGCGAACACCCCAAGACGCCAUUAUCCUGUUCGAAGCGUGUCGGCUGGGACUAUUGCCGCGUGUCCAGCGACGACUGUCGGAGAAAGAACGAUCGCAAAUCAAGUCUGGCUCAGUCUUCGUGUGGGACGAGCGAGAAGCUGGCAUGAGGAGAUGGACGGACGGAAAAUCAUGGAGCGCAAGCAGGGUCUCUGGAAGUUUCCUCACGUAUCGCGAAAUGGAAGGCAAGCGUGGUAGCAACGGGUCGUUUCAGACGUCGGCUUCGCGGACGAAGUCAGGCGGAGCGAAGAGCUCGAAUGGCUCGCAAAACGGCGACUCCGACGAGGGCGACGAAGGCCCAGAUGGAUACAGAUACAAGCCCGACGGCUUGAUGAAGCAGUCUUUCAGUAUCACCACCCAAGAUGGGCGACAUCUUCACCUCAUCAGCUACUACAACCGAUCGCACGUUCCGCCGUUGAAAAGUCCCUCGACUGACCCGCAGCUGCGCAACAUCACUCCGCCCAAGGGCAUGUAUCCGGAGAAUGCGGUGAACGAGCCGACUACGAUGACUCCAAUCGGACGACCGCAGAUACCAGCAGGCUCGUAUCCGGUCCACCCACCUGCUGGCUUGGUUGUAGCAUAUCCAUGGCCACCCGGCUAUCCACCCCCGCCUGGAGCUAUCGCAUACCCGGCGCCAGCAUGGCCACCUAGCCCGUCGGCAACACCUCCUCACCAUUACACGUAUCCGCAUCCAGGAUAUGCACACGCAGCUUAUCCUCCGCCAUCGCUUGCGCACUUCUCGCAUCCAGGGCAACAUCCUUUGGAGCGACUGCCUCCUACGCCUCAGAAUUGCCUACCAACCCCGCAGUCUUCGACAAACAGCAACAGCCACUCAGCUCCAAGCGGUUGGCCUCCAGCUCGAAGUCCCGGAGCGCCACCGUAUCAACAUCCACCGCACCCGCCGCUCCAUCCCAUUCCGUACAGCUCCACACAACCGCCCAGUUCAGGUGCGACACUAGCACCGGUGAUGAGCAGUUUCCACAAACCUCCUUCACCCCCAGCAGUGAAUGCCACGAAGCCGUUCACAGAGCCACCGCCUCUCAAAGACAUCCCGGCAACGAACGACACGUCACCGGCGAACAAGAUAAUCCCCAGUAUCACGGCAUUGAUCAACGGCCCGCAAGAGGCUCGGGAUACGCCAGUGUCGCGGUCCGGCAGCAGGAGCCCGGGAAGGGUUACUCUCAAGGACGUACCGAAUGCAAUGACGGUGACAGGCUUGCAAAGGGAUAGGGGCGAUCUCAAGAAACUUGAUUCGCAACUGCUGAAGGGGAAGUCAUGAUUUCUGAAUUAUAUUAUCGCGUCAUAAUGAUACUUGAAGCCUCGUUCUCGACGUUGGGCCAGGAUUGAUGGCCGUGCUCGAGUCAAACGAGCAAGGAACAUCGAGAACUGAGCGGAGGACGCACAGGUUUUUUUGGGCAUUAGCGGGCGUAUCUUUAUCUUUGUUUUUAUUCGAUUUCUCUUAUGGGCCUAACUUCACAUUUGGGCGGUGCACUUCGGAUCACAUUUCAGCAUGAAGGGAGCAUGCGGUUCGGCGAUUGCCAAUGUAGCGACGAUGGUACUCUGGCAUGGCUAGCGAAUUUUAGUUUUAACACAAGCCGACGGGGCUUUUCACAUUUGCACACACACACACACACAUAUAUAUAUAUAUAUAUGUUUGUCAGGGCACCGAUUUUUCUAUGUUCAUACCGAGUCCCAGGGUUCAAUUGGUAAUGUACUCUCUGUUUUCGGAGAGAAUUGUCCCACACAGGUUCGAAGCCGAAGCG